CAGGGUCCGCUUUGCAGCCAGAGCCUCGUGCCCAACCGACGGGCUCUCGUGGCUGCCAUCGGGCGCAGCUGUGGUUCCUUAUGGCCCGUCCUCUACCCGUUCGUAUCCUCUCUGCUGCCCCGGCUCCGCUGAGAAUGGAGCUGAUGGUAUUACAGGUCUUAUUGAUGAUUCCAUGUUGCUCAGCUCCAGCAAACCCCCAUCACCUCCUCCGGGUCUGCUUUCCCCUGUAAGACGAGGACUGUGCUAGGGGAAGGUCGGCAGCGUUCCCAUCCUAUUCCCCUGCUCCUCCAGAUCUGCUCCUUUUGCACUGUGGUUCCUCCCCACCUUUACAGGGUCUCCUCGGGCAGAGGGAUGGAUUGUUUUCUGUUACAGUUCAUAGGGACACCAAACCUCAAUGAGGUCCCUCCGGGUGUGUUGGAAAGGGGUGUCCAGGAGCUGACUUUGAGUCCUGCAUCAAAACUGUUUCUUAGGGAUAAAACAAAAAAAGCACCGUGGUUAUUUCUGCUGCUGUUCUGCAGCUCUGCCCCCUCCUCUGGUGGGGCCGGGCACAGCUGUGGGAGGGAUUUCUGCCCAUUAGGACUGAGAGAAAGGAGCAAACAUUGAGUGUGAGCUGACCUGGGGGGAAGCAGCUCAGCCCCCCCCCCCCAACCAUAUGGGGUUGCACAGCAGGACAGGACCCGGCUCUGUGAACCCCCACAUGUUCACACCGUGUCAAUAAGCAGCUGCCAAGAGGAGAAGUCACUGUAUGUCCCUGCAGCACCAGAAGCCAGGUUUGCUGUUGGCUCCCACCCAUCACAUGCUGUGAUAGUUUCCCAUGGACUGCACUGAGCUGAGGAAGCAGCCGGGGGGGUGGAUGUGCUCCAUUGGUGACCCCCAGCAUUAAGGUGCUGCCAUGGAGGCUCCCAUGCUGGCGCUCGUCCUUGCACUGUGGAUCUCUUCCCUUGCUGCUGGUACUGAGCUGCAGCCCCGCAUGACUGCAUACCACGCUGGGUACAGGCAGCUGUAUCGCCUGCAGCGCCGUGCUGCGUAUCGCUGCUGCACCGGCUGGGCUCAGCGCCCAUGGAACCCUGCCUGCCUGCACUAUGUUGAUGAGUGCCAGGUUCACAACGGGGGCUGCCAGCACAGAUGUGUGAACACCUUUGGAUCCUAUUACUGCGAGUGCAAGCCGGGCUUUCGCCUGCACGCAGAUGGCAGAACCUGCAUUGCACUGAACUCGUGUGCGGUGAACAACGGUGGCUGUGAGCACGACUGUGUGCAGCUGACAGCCAACCAGCACCAGUGCCGCUGCCGCUGGCACUACAGGCUGCAGGAGGACGGCCGGCGCUGUGCCCUGUGGAGCCCUUGUGCUGAGAGGAAUGGGGGCUGCAUGCAGCUCUGCCGUGAUGUGCGGGGAGCAGCGCGCUGCCAGUGCCGCCCUGGAUACCAGCUGGGACCUGAUGGCAAAGCCUGCCAAGAUGUGGAUGAGUGCUUGACUGGCUUGGCCAUGUGUGCACAUCGCUGCCUGAACACCCAUGGCUCCUUCAGGUGUGCCUGCAACCCGGGCUAUGAGCUGGGAGCAGACAGCAGGCAGUGCUACCGGAUAGAGAUGGAGAUUGUGAACAGCUGUGAGAGUGACAAUGGUGGCUGCUCCCAUUUGUGCCAUCACAGCAGCACCGGCCCCAUCUGCUCCUGUAACUCGGGCUACCAGCUGCAGGAUGACCAGAGGACGUGCACUGACAUCAACGAAUGUGAGGACGGCUCUCACUGCUGCCAGCAGGACUGCUACAACUACCCUGGGGGCUACGAGUGUGCCUGCCGUGCUGGGUACCGGCUGUGUGCUGAUGGCUGUGCCUGUGAUGAUGUAGAUGAGUGCUCUUCCAACAACGGCGGCUGUGAGCACUCAUGCCAGAACCAGGCAGGGUCCUUCCAGUGCGGCUGUCCCGCUGGGUACAAGCUGGAUGGAGACAGGAGGGGCUGCAUCCCUGUUCCCCCAGCUGUAGAGGACUCAGUGGAAGCCCUGGAUGCCCGACGCCCCAUCAUCCGCCCCAUCCCACACGUGGCCAUCCUGCGGGAUGAGCUCACCCAGCUCUUCAGCGACGACUACGAAGAGGAGGAGGAAGAGAUGGAGGCAAGAGGAGAGCACACGCUUUCAGAAAAAUUCGUCUGUCUGGAGAACACCUUUGGCCACGACUGCAGCCUGACGUGUGAGGACUGCAAGAAUGGGGCCACAUGCAACAUGGAGGGGACAGGCUGUGAGUGCCCGGCCGGCUGGAGCGGGCUGCUGUGCAACCAGACCUGCCCGCCUGGAACCUUUGGCAAGAACUGCAGCCAGCUCUGCCUCUGCCAGAACGGGGGCAGCUGUGAGCCCAGCACCGGCACCUGCCGCUGCCCGCCUGGUGUGGCUGGGAUCCACUGUGAGGAUGGCUGCCCGAGAGGAUUUUUUGGAAAGCAAUGCAGGAAAAAAUGCAACUGUGCCAACCGAGGUCGCUGCCAUCGGAUCUAUGGAGCGUGUCUGUGUGAUCCUGGCCUGUACGGGCGGUACUGCCACUUGGCGUGCCCCAAGUGGACAUUUGGCCCUGGCUGCUCUGAGGAGUGCCUCUGUGUGCAGCCAAACACACAGCACUGCGACAAGCGGGACGGCUCCUGCCACUGCAAACCUGGUUACAGCGGUGUGCACUGCGAGACCAAGUGUGAGCCCGGCCACUAUGGGGAGGGCUGCAGGAAGAAGUGCAGCUGCUCUCCGGAUGCACAGUGUGACCACAUCACUGGGCGCUGCUGGAAGGAGUGUCCCCUGGGUUACCACGGGGAGAACUGCGACCAAGAGUGCCCAGUGGGGCGGUUCGGGGCUGCCUGCCUGCAGCUCUGCUCCUGCAAUGGGGCUCCCUGCAAUGCGGUCAGCGGACAGUGCCUGUGUGCACCGGGAUGGACAGGGCACGACUGCGCCCAAGCCUGCCCAGAGGGUCGCUGGGGUCUCGGCUGCCAGGAGCUGUGUCCUGAGUGUGCCAACAAUGGCAGCUGUGACCCCACCACGGGAGCAUGCGUGUGCACACCGGGCUUCACUGGCAGCCGCAUGCCAGCGACUUGCAGCUCAUGUCCCUGCAUUGCAGUGUGCCCACCCGGCUGGUUCGGCCAGGACUGCCAGCAGAGCUGCAGCUGUGGGAAUGAGGGACAUUGCCAUCCUGUGACAGGGAUGUGCAGCUGCGCACCCGGCUGGACGGGCCACGACUGCCGGAGAGGCUGUGCCAUGGGGCGCUGGGGUCCGGGCUGUGCCAAUAUCUGCGAGUGCAGCAGCAGCUCCGGGAGCUGUGAUGCAGUGACGGGGCAGUGUACCUGCGAUCCUGGCUACACGGGCAGCCGCUGCGAGGAGCGUUGCCCAGCAGGAUGGUUCGGGUUGGGCUGCCGGCACCGCUGCCAGUGUGAACAUGGGGCCAUGUGUGACCACAUCAGUGGGGCGUGCACGUGUGCUGCAGGCUGGAGGGGGACCUUCUGUGAGCACUCCUGCCCAGAUGGAUUUUAUGGCAUUGAGUGUCAGCGUGCCUGCAACUGCCAGAAUGGAGCCCGCUGUGACCACAUCACCGGGCAGUGCCACUGCCAACCAGGCUGGACUGGACCCCGCUGUGCCCAUGUGUGCCCACAGGGCAGGUUUGGUGAGGGCUGCAGCCAGGUGUGCAGCUGUUUCAACAACGCCACGUGUGACCACAUCACUGGCCGCUGUUUGUGCGCCGCUGGAUGGAUGGGACCCACAUGCCAGCAAGCAUGCCCAGAGGGUUUCUAUGGGACAGGCUGCCACCAGCGCUGCCUGUGCCACAAUGGGGGGACGUGUGACCCCGCCACAGGGCACUGCACCUGCCCAAUGGGAUGGACUGGGCUGGCCUGCGAGCUGGCGUGCACUGAUGGGCAUGAGGAUGGCUGCGGGCAGCACUGUGCCUGCCUGAAUGGGGGGGUCUGCGACACACAGGGACGGUGCCACUGCCCCCCUGGGUGGAGUGGGAGCACCUGCGAGAGCCCCUGUCCAGUGGGGCACUUUGGGGCGGGCUGCCAGGAGCGCUGUGACUGUGGGGCCAAAGGGCUGUGCCACCCCAUCACUGGUACCUGCCAGUGCCCCCCUGGAUGGAGGGGCCAGCGCUGCGAGAAAGCCUGCCUGCCUGGGCUGUUUGGGAAGAGCUGUGCUGAACGCUGUGCCUGUCCCCCCGGAGAACCCUGUGACCACAUCACUGGGCACUGCAGCUGCCCACUGGGCUUCACUGGAGCUGCAUGCGAGACACCCUGCCCACCUGGCACCUUUGGGGAGCGCUGUGCCCAACGCUGUCACUGUGUGGGACCCACCCAGGACUGCCACCCCAUCACCGGUACCUGUGUCUGUGCACCUGGUCACCACGGGCCUGACUGCGAGCAGGAGUGCCCUGAGGGCUGGUACGGCCCUGGAUGUGUGCGGCCGUGUGAGUGCAAGAAUGGGGCCCGGUGUGAGCGCACCACGGGGAUGUGCCACUGCCCAGCUGGAUACAUCGGUGCUGACUGCAGCAUUGUGUGUCCCACCGGCCGCUAUGGUCCAGACUGUGCACAGCUGUGUGCCUGCUGGGAGGGGGCCACGUGCCACCACGUCACCGGGGUCUGCCUGUGCCCACCAGGAAGAGUCGGUCCCACUUGUGAGCAAGGCUGCCAGCCGCAGCGGUAUGGGGUGGGCUGCCAGCAGCAUUGCUCCUGCCUUAAUGGAGGGCUGUGCAAUGCCACCGAUGGGUCCUGCACCUGCGGGCUGGGAUGGACGGGGGAAUCCUGCGCGUUAGAGUGCCCAGCUGGGAGCUUUGGUGCUGGCUGCCAGCUGCGCUGUGCCUGCAGGCACAAUGCCACCUGCGACCGCAUCACCGGUGCCUGCCGCUGCCCCCCGGGACGCUAUGGGGCUCUGUGUGAGCAUGGUUGUCCCCCGGGUUUCUAUGGAACUGACUGCCAGCAGCACUGUGACUGUGCACAUGGAGCUGCCUGUGACCCAGCCACUGGCCACUGCCACUGCCCCGUAGGGCUGCGGGGUCCUCGCUGCCAGGAAGGCUGUGAGGAGGGGAUGUACGGCGAGGGAUGCCGGCAGCGCUGUGACUGUAUGGGGAACGCACCCUGUGACCACAUCACGGGGCACUGCCUCUGUCCUCCAGGAAAAACCGGCCCCCAGUGCGACUCAGAGUGCCCUGUGAACCGCUAUGGACCCGACUGUGCUCUCACCUGCACCUGUGCCAGCAGCACUCAAUGCAAUGCCCAGACUGGCCGCUGUCACUGCCACCGUGGCUCCAUGGGCUCCUCGUGCCAGGAAGCUGUGCCUGCCCGGGUGCCCACCAGGUCCCCAGAGCUGCAGGGGAUGGAGCACAACGUCCUGCCACAGCCAGAAGUACAUGACCCAGCUGGAGGACUUGUUCCCAAGGCACUCGAGUGAACCAGCUCAUGGCAGAUGGGAUCUGGGUGCUGCCUGGGCUGGACAUGGGCUGUAGGGCAACAUUGCAGCUGCUGGCCCUGAUCUCUGGGUGUUGGACACUGGGGCUGGAGGGAGGGGGUUGAAAUGAUGGUUGGAAAUAGGUAUUUAUUCAGAAGUAUUUAUGGCAAGCUGUAGCACAGCAGGGCAGGAGCUGACCAAGGACAUGCAGCACCCAACCCAGACACGGACACAUGGGCACAGAGCUGUGGUUGGUGGUGGCACAGCACCAGGUCCUGAGUGCACAGGGAUGGCCCCAUCCCACACGGAUCAAAGAACUGUUUCCUUUCCAGAUGGGAUUUCUUUCAAUCUGUAAAUAACUUGUAAUUUUUUAUUAUUUUUACUAAUUUUUUUUUCUUACUUCUUCCUUGACUUUCAUUUUUUUUGCAUUAGGUGUCAUUAUAAUGUUCCUAUAAGCACGUAGUGAAGGACCCCAAUGGUAUAAAUGAGGUUGGGUGUUGUGUGAGAAGCAGGGAGGAGGUGGUGAUGUACCCAAUGCCCACAGGCUCCUGCUGUUCUUGCUGCCUGUUCCCUACCCACCCAGUGGUGCUGUACCAUUGCCAUGCACCUGAACUUCAUAUUUAUUUCCUUGGGGGUCUGGAAAGCCUUCCAGCACGGAGCCUUUCUGAGCAGGGAAUGCAGAAGUUCCAUUGUUCAGACCAUGGCUGUUUUUUACUGGCUUUGUUUUUUAAUACACCUUGCUGCUUGUUUUCAUGUA